AUGGGCUCUUCAGACAAACAGCGAGUCAGGGCGGCGGCCCUCGCCCGCGACACAAAUGAGACCAAGAUCCAGCUCGCCCUCAACCUCGACGGCGGGGAGCUGCCGCCCGACACCGACUCGCGGCUCCUCGACGCCACCACCGCCCACGCCUCCCAGUCAACCAGCUCGCAGACCAUUGCCGUCAACACCGGCAUUGGCUUCCUCGACCACAUGCUGCACGCCUUGGCCAAGCACGCCGGCUGGAGUCUGGCCCUGCAAUGCCAGGGCGACUUGCACAUCGACGACCACCACACCGCCGAGGACUGCUGCAUCGCCCUCGGCAGCGUCUUUGGCAAGGCCCUCGGCACCCCCACGGGCCUCGCCCGCUUCGGCUCCGCCUACGCUCCCCUAGACGAGGCCCUCUCGCGCGCCGUCGUCGACUUGUCCAACCGCCCCUAUAGCGUUGUUGACCUCGGUCUCAAGCGCGAGUGGCUUGGCACCCUCAGCACCGAAAUGGUGCCUCACUGCCUGCAGAGCUUCGCCCAGGCCGCGCGCAUCACCAUGCACGUUGACUGCCUCCGCGGCGACAACGACCACCACAGGGCCGAGAGUGCCUUCAAGGCGCUGGCCAUCGCCAUCCGCACGGCCACCUCGAGAGUCCAGGGCAAGGAGGGUGAAGUCCCCAGCACCAAGGGCACCCUGACUACUUAG